AUUUAUACUAAAUUAUAUAUUCACACAUAUCAUGCUUAUAUAUAUAUACACAUGUAUAUAAUGGGAAGGCAGAGGUAAUGAUGAUGAUGAUAAUGGGGAGAAAAUGUGAAGAUUGUGGGAAUCAAGCGAAGAAAGAUUGUGUGUACAUGAGAUGCAGAACUUGCUGCAAAUCCAAAGCCUUCCAUUGCCAAACUCACAUCAAGAGCACUUGGGUUCCUGCCUAUAGAAGAUCUCAUCACAAACACCAAUCGCAACCGCUCUCUACUAGUAUCCCAAAAGGUAUGAGAGAGCAACAACAACUUUCAAAUUCUUGUCCUUCAUCAGGUGUACAAAUCCACACUACUCCUGGACAUUUUCCGGCAGAGUUGAGUUCCCUAGCAGAUUUCCGAUGCGUAAAAGUGAGUUCAAUCGAUGAUGGAAAAGAGCAAUAUGCUUAUCAGACCACGGUGAACAUUGGAGGACAUGUUUUCAGAGGGAUUCUUCACGAUCAAGGACUCCACAAAGUGAUGGUAGAUCAUCAUUAUAAUAAAAAUAGUAAUAAUCAUCAAGAGUUACUUACUCCUUCAACUUCUUCAUGUCCCUUGAAGAUCACAAGUCCUUUUACCGAUUUCAUGUUCGGUACCCGAUUUUCUUCGGUCCUAAGAAGAUAGAUAAAUUUUAAUGGAUGGAAUGAUGCCUAGCUAUUUCAAGUUAGGGCCCAUCGUAUGUUGUUACUUUACUUGCUCCCAUAUCUUACAAUUUUUUUUUAUUUAUUACCACGAGGUUCAGAACUAGACCUAAUUUAUGUGGAUCCGAAGUCAGUAUUUAGUUUCUUCUCUUUGGAAACACUACUCAUCCCAAG